UGCGAUUACCCUUCAUCGCUAUCUUGUACUCUCGGCCACUAUGGGACUAGGCGUUCUGGGAGAUUCCCAUAUGGUCGACGUGCCUGGGACUGUUCUGCUGGACGAUUCUGCUGCUGGUCUAGAAAAUGAGAAACCCAAGCUUCGUCUUGGGGCUGGACAUACCGUCCUGUCACCUCAGCCAAGUGACGACGUUAACGACCCGCUAAAUUGGCCAGGCUGGAAAAAGGAGCUCAACAUCGUCAUUCUCUGCCUUGGGGCGAUGUUGAAUGCCGGGACAAACGGCCCUCUGCUGAAUGCGUCCUACUUUCCAAUUGCCUCAGAACUUAAUGUUCCAAUGGCAGAUGUUGUCCUUGCCUCUGGGUACAACCUACUAGCCGCCGGAUGUGCUGGUCCCUUCGCGUGUGCUGCGUCUCGAAAGUACGGCAAGCGGCCGGUAUACCUUGCGUCCACGCUCCUCGCGAUCAUUGGAACUGCCGUAGGAGAAGCGAGAAUGGAGUACAAGUACCUUCUUGUUGCUCGGAUUAUUCAAGGGUUUUCUACCACCGCGUUCGAGUCCCUGAUCAUCGCCUCGGUUGGUGACACAUAUUUCGUUCAUCAACGAGGCCUGCGGAUUGGCGUCAUUAAUUUCAUCUUGAAUGCCGCUUCAAGUCUAUCCUCUAUUAUCUGUGGCCAGGUAUACACGAGUCUUGGAUAUUACUGGCUGUUCCAUCUCUUUCAGGUCUUUCUUGUCAUCCAGUUUGUAGGGAUGUUUCUCUUCUGCCCUGAGACGACCUAUCUGCGUGAACCUGCAGCGGCAACAGGCGACGCAGCUCUAGAGGCCGUGGCAGUCGACGAGACAGUUAAAGAAGGCUCGUCUCACGUGGAAGUCUACCAAGAGCCUGCCAAGGCCAGUGAAUCGUCUGCAGCUACCGGGAAUACUACCAAAAGGACCUUUCUUCAACAGCUCGCAGUGUUCAACGGGGUUUAUUCUCACGAGGAGGUCUACAAAUUCUUCGUGGGACCGCUCGUGGCGUUACUAAAUCCAGCUGCGUGCUAUUCAAUUCUCACAUCGGGCCUCCUCAACAGUUGGUACGUCGGUUCAUCCAUCAUUCUCUCUGGGGUCUUUUCCGGCCCCCCAUGGUAUUAUGACGCUGCGCAAAUCGGGUACCUCGGCACCGGGCCCUUUAUUGGAGGGAUGAUUGGAUCCAUUGCCGUAGCUUGGGGCAGUGACCCUGCCAUUAAGUACAUGGGAAGAUUGAAUGGUGGGAUAUACGAACCGGAAUUCCGUCUCAUCUUCAUGCCCAUCGCCGGAGUUGCGUGCACAGUUGGGAUGUUCCUCUUUGGAUAUACAAUGUCGAUCGGGGCCAACGCAAUGCUUUGUGCCUUCUUGCAGGGUGUCAUGAUGUUCGGCGUGCUUGUCGGCAUAUUCUCAACCCUCUCCUACGGCCUCGAUGCGUUCAAGUCCCAGGCGAAUGAGAUCUUCAUCAUGAAUAUGGUAUUCAAGAACUUUCUAUUCUACGGGCUGAGCGACUUUGCGAAUGACUGGGUGGCUGAUAAGGGACCGGCCGAGAUGAUGUACGUCCUUGGGGGGACUUCGCUUUUCCUGGCCCUGCUUGCGCUACCAGUCUAUGUCUAUGGAAAGAGGCUGCGGAGCUGGCAGGCGAGGAAGGGGAUUUACAAGGGGGCACUGUAA